AUGUGGAUCAGGAACAAAAGAAGAAGCAAUCCUCCAGCUGGUUGUUUACUCGUACCGUUACUGCUGACACUGCUGCUCGUUGUCUGCUUGGGAGAUGCACUCAAAUCCGGUGAAGGCUUUGAGCUGCCAACUGUUAGUCCAGUGCUGAAUGUGGUCGAGAAUGCUGGGAGCGAUGUCAGUUCGGAUUUUGAGCAGCUCAUCGAGGCGAAACUUAACGAAUCAGUGAGUGGAACAAGGCAGACGGAUGAGCUGCUCUCCAGGAAGCGGCGCUACUUGGUAUUUCCGGAGGGCAGCUCCUUUCAAAUGGUUUUCGAUGAGAUUAUCUGCGUUGUGGAUUACACCAACUAUCUGGUGCUGGGUAUUACCGUUGCCUUGGCUUGGGAAUUGCCCAGUAAGCCGCCCAGUGAAGCACUUGAGGAUCUGCUAACCAAACUGGAGGACGGCACAAUAGACAUAAGUCGCAAUGACACUGUGUCCAACAUAACCUAUGUAGAUGAUACUACCAAGCCGGCAACGCAAAUCAACAACAAUAAUUACAAGCCGAACUACAUCAACUUGGCGAAUGGAGGUGGAGGAGGAGGAGGAGCAGGAGGAACAGCGGGAGGGGCAAGUAGCUCCUACAAUUCGUACUACAGCAGUUCGCCCGUCUUUCGUACUCCCAUGCACCCAUCGCAUCAGUAUGCGGAUAGCUAUUAUAGACGACCCAGUGCACCAGCCAGGCGUAAGGACAACUUCUACUACACAUAUAAUAACCGACCCAUGACCAGCAGUCGUAACCCCUUCGAUAAAUGGUCACAGCUCCAAAGUUCAGCCCAGAACUCACGGUAUCCCUACUGGGCCUUGGCUUCACAGUAAAAGAACAUCUAUUAUGGUCCGCCCCAGGGAAAACGUCAGCAGAAAGUCCCACGAAUUUCAAAUAAAGCACGACAUCACCAAAUUUAUCCCGUGUUUGGCAAACGCAGCAUUCCUGAUGCAGUCAAUCCCCAUCAUCGCCAGAGACGAAGUGGCAUCUCCAGUACGCACGAUCAUAAUCUAACCAGGAUGGAAAAGCACCAAAUCAAGUAUCAUCGGAACAGUCGACAAACGUUGUACGAAAGAAUCGAAAAGUAUCUCAAUAAACGCGGUCAAAAUGGUCAUCAGUGUGUGCUACGUACUCUAUGUGAGACUGGUCAAAAGUCUGGUGAAAGGGAACCUGGCAGCUUUGUUGGCGAACUGCUACGUGCGGUAUUUACAAUACCAGAGGCUUUGGAUCAGGAACCCGUUGCCCAUCGGGAUACGCACUACGACAAGGCACAUUUCCAUGACGGCGACUGUGCUGCACUUUAUCCAGAAUGCAAACACUCCAUCUGGGAUGCACCAUUCAUACAAUAA